AUGACGGCACCACCACCAACACCACCCGCAGCAGGGUCCGGAGAGGGAAGUACGGCAGUACCGCACCACAGCUAUAGCCACUCCUAUUCCUUCGCGUCGGUGAAGACGAAUUACGUCGUUGAGCACGCGGCGCCGUCGGCGGUGUGUUUGGUGCGCAAGGUACAGAGCUCACCGUACCAGCCACUUCCGCCGGAUCAAGUGCAAUCCGUGACAGUGCCGAAUCUCCUCUCGUUGCGCCCGCCGCCCCACGUCGCACACCAGGCAGUCAUGGACUUCUACUUUGCUAUGAAUGGGCACUGCGGUGUGCACUGCCCGGACCCUUCGGCGAUAGACCUCAUCACGGUUGCCGCGCACGCAAGGAAUGCAGCUGUGGCUAAUAGUGGGGGCAGCAGUAACGCGGAUGGCCAUGCGAGGGAGUUGCCGCGGUCGGGCACAGGGGGCGCACCGCGGUAUUACCACGCAGCGGACUCCGCUGCUAGUGCUGCUUCUACAUCAGUCCCUUACCACUCCGCCGGUGCUCCGAACAGCGGUGGCGGUGGCAACAACAAGGCAUUCCCAGUCGCCGAGCCGAUGUAUGCAGCGCCAGGUAUGGAUGGUGCAAUGUACGCCGGCCAGCACCAGCAGAAGCAGCAGNGAGCCGAUGUAUGCAGCGCCAGGUAUGGAUGGUGCAAUGUACGCCGGCCAGCACCAGCAGAAGCAGCAGCAGCAUGGUUCAGCUCCUUCCAUCUUGGGUACAUCGAUACUUCCCCCCACCGCUGUGUCGUCAUCAGAGGACUAUCGGCUUUCGCAGAUACGCCGUAA